AUGCCACUGAAAGCGAACAAGAAGAAAGAACAUCCUGACAGGAAGAAAAAAUCUAAACAUAAGCAUAAAACUGUCAAAUCAGGCACUGUUGAGUAUUUAGUCCAGGAGCCGACAGUUCAAACUCUGGCAGUUCCAUCUUUGAGAUCACCAGGAGAAGGGUUACUCAAUCUUCUGAGGUCUCCUGCAGUGUGCAGAAAGGAAGUUCAUGGCAUCAGAGUUACUGGCCGCAUUUUGGAACAGCUGACCCCACAGGAAAUCCGUGACUUGAGAUUUGUUUUUGAAUUGUUUGAUCUUAAUUCUGACGGUUACCUCGGCCCUGUGGAAGUGUGGCAAGCUUUGAGCACACUAGGAUUUACCAUUUCUAGGACUGAAGCUGCCCAGGAGGUUCAAGAUAUCAGUUUUGGGAAACGAAAGGAAGUCAGUUUGAGUGAGUUUCUGGAGAUAGUCAUAGACAGACAAGGAGAUGACAGAGACAGUCAUUGUGAGAUCAUGAAGGUGUUUGCGUUGUUUGAUUUAGACAGUACAGGAAAUGUCUCAGCUAAAACGUUACAGGAAGUCUGUAGGAAGGCUGGGGUCUCAUUAACACGAAAGGAGCUGGAUGAAAUGGUCGAAGAAGCAGAUAUAAAUGGAGAUGGGUGUAUAGACCAGGCAGAAUUUCUCAGGAUAAUGCUACAGACCAGUUUGUUUUAG